UGAACACAAUGGGCAGCACCCUGGGGUCCAUGGGGUCAACAGGUGCCAGGCUGGGGAGUAGCUCUGAUGGACUAGCUCUGGGAGAAGGUGGUGGAGGCAAGAAGUUCCUCAAGUCCAACCGUGCCAAGGAUGCCCCGUCCUCCAUGAUGUCCAAGCAUGAGGAGAAGCUGGACCUGGGGGGAAUGUCAGACAGUGAUUCUGACAAUGACAGGAACAACCUGAAGAACAUCCGUUUUGAUUUGGCAGAGAUGGAGAAGGCUACAGAGUUUGGCUAUGAGACAUCUGAGGCCAGUGACAAACCUGCCAAGCCUGUACAGUCUGAGAGUGACAGUGAGGAUUACGGAAAAGAUAUCGAUUUUGGAAUUGAUAGGAAUUUAGAUGAAAAGAUAGCAUUAAAUCUCAGCGAUGAUGAUGAAGAGUCAACGCAGGAAGCCCUCCAUAUGUCAGGGAGGAAGAAGGAGCCAACCCCUCAGAAAAGGAUUCCAUCAGGAAUUGUCCCCCAGACACAGCCCCCAAAGAAAACAUUUGAUGAUGACUUGCACUUGGAUUUUGAACCAGCCACCAAGGUUACCCUACCUUCCCCCUCUGCCAGUGGCACCUCCAUGGAGGACGAGAGGAAAAGAAAGGCUGAAAUGGCAGCUCUGGCAGCUCUGGCAGCAGAGAAAAGGGCUGAGAGUGACAGACAGCUCAAGGCUGAGGAGGAAAAGUUGAAAGCAGCCAAUGAGAAGGCCCUGGACGAGCUGCGUAAAAAGUUACAAGAGGAGGAAGAAAACGCCAAGCUUGAAAUGCUGGAGGAGAAAGAAGAGAGGCUGUCUCAGCUGAGGAAAGAUAUCCAGAGGGAGACAGAGGCAGCUGAGAGAGAUCUGAGACAAACUAAAGAGAACAAGCUCAGAAUCCUCAGAGAUGAGAUCAAUGAAGAGAUAGAGGAUGAAGAAACCAAACUAAUGCAAGGCAAGCUGGACUCCCUGGCUAAAAUAAGAAGAGAAAUGAAGGUAGAGACUGAGGAGGAGACCAAGAAAAUGAGGGAAGAGCAUGCCAAAGAGCUGGAAAAGAUCAAAGCGGAGCUUGCUGAGGUCCGGAACAAAGAAAGGGGAAACAUUGAGGAAGAGAGGAAAAAAGCCAGAGAGGAGAUUAAGAAAGAGAUUGAAGAAUAUCUCUCAGAGGAGAAAGAAAAGCUUGAGGAAGAGAAGCAGGAGAGGGUGGACGAGAUCAACGAGCAGUAUGAGAAAGAAAUCGAGGAGAUGACAAAACAGCUGCAGAAGGAGCACAAUGCUAAUGUCCAGGAAAGCAGGAAAAAAAUUAUCAUGAAACAUGAGCAGGACAUGAAAGAUCUAGAGACAGAGCUGAAGACUUUGCAACAGAAUGAACUUGAUAGAAAAGAACAGGAGGUCAAGGCGGCCAGAGAGAGACAGAAGGCUGUUGAUGAUCUAGAACGAGGCCUGGACGAUGUCCUGAAAGAGAAGAAAGAUGAGAUCAAGGCAGAGCAGAAUAAGGUCCUGGCUGAUAUGAAAGCUGACUUUGAGAAAACUGUGAAGAAAAUGCAAGAUGAAUACAAGCAGAAGGAAAAGAAAGAGAAAGAAAAAGUGGAACAGCAGCUUGAAACGUUGAAGAAAGAACUGAAGCAGAAACAACAAGAGGAACUGGAGGAAGUUAGAGAAGAAUUUGAUGAUAUAAAGAAAACUCUAAGAGCAGAUCUGCAGCAAGAGCUUGACGAUGUUCAAAAGGAAAAGAAAAAGAAGACUGAUCUCAGAGCAGAGAAUGAGAAAGAGUUGAACAAGAUCAAGGCUGAUUUUGAGAAACAGUCCAGGAAGCAGAAGGAAGACAACGAGAAACAGCUGAAGAAGAUGAAAGCUGAAUUGGAACAACAAAACAAGGAAUGGCUGGAGGAACAAAAAGAAAAGGCUCAAGAGGAACAGGAAUUGGCCAAGAAAGAAUUUGAGAAUGAGUUGACCACCUUGAAAGAACAACUGGCCAAGGAUCUUGAGCAGAUGAAGAAAGAGUAUGAAGAAACCAAACAGCAGCUCAAGGAAGAGCUAAAACAAAAGGAGGACAAGAUCAGGAAGAAGGCUGCAGAAAUUCAAAAGCAAAAAGAAGAAAAAUUGCAAGCAGAAAUGGCUGCAGAGCCAUCAGAGAAUGAACUGUCAGAUGAGGAAAAGAAAGAGAAGACCAGAAAGAAACCAAAAGCAGCCAAGAAAGUUAAAAUUGUUGAAAAUGGAGACUUAGGAUCUGACAGUGAUAGAGAUGAGACCACCCCUAAGAAGAAGUCAGUGCGUCGAAGAAAACAUCAGUCUGAGGAAGAAGAAGACUUUAGCCUGUCUUCAGAAUCGGAGGUAGAGGAGGAGGUUGAGGUUACUCCUAAGAGAUCAACCAAGAGAACCUCUGGGAAAACUUGGUCACCUGGAAAGUCACGCCCCAGAACUGCCUGGAAGGAAGAAAUAUCCAUACCUACUGCAGAUGAAUUCUUUGACUUCGUUCACUCUGAUAAAAUGAAGAGAUUGUUGCGGUCCAAAGAAUUCAAAAACCGCAUGUCACUGGAGAGAAACAGCAUAAGUGUGGCUGAGGAAUUCUUCCGGAAGCAGCGCCAGGACAUACGGCGUCGCCAGGCUGAAUUCAAAGCUGCUACCAGAGAGUAUGAGAGGGACAUGGAAAGAUUCUAUAAAGAGGGUCUGUCCCCAGCUGGUAAGGCCGCGCUGACCUUCACCAAGGCCAGACUGGACAAAGAGGCCCAGGACCUGGAUGCACUGACCAGUAAUGUGUCCACUGGGUCCAGGCUGGUCAAGGAGAAGGAGAAGAAGAUCAAGGAGUGGGAGGCUUCACUGCUGGAGUCCGAGUCUGACUCUGAUACAUUCCAAAUAUUUGACCAUCCGAAACGACCACCAACUGACCAUGCUGACCUGUUGUUGACUGACUCAGAUGAGGAGAGUAGUGGCAUUAGUAGCAGUGACCUCAACUUGGAUGAUCUUGCAGCGGGUGUUCCCUCCAAGCCUUCUUACAGACCUACCUCCUGGAGACACAAGCCAACUGCUGGCAGCGACGGUGCUGACUCAAUCUUUGGUGCUGAGUUAAGAAGACUGAACCAGAAGAUGGAAGAUGUCAUCAACUUCAUGAAGUCUAAUGGCUACAAUAACUCUGGUGGAGCAACAGAGGGCCCUUAUGGGCCUAGCACCUCAGAGCGCCUACCACAUACACGUGGGCCUUACCCUCAGGUCUCUACCAACCCAGACAACCCAUACAACGUGUAUCACACUUGCCCUGCCUAUACUAGCUGGCCUCACUUCAACUCUUGCUUAGCCUGCUUUAGAGCCAACAGAGCAGCUGUCAGUGGUGAGAUUCCUCCAAGAGAAACAGCUGAUGAGUUUCUACAGAAGAAAUGGCGGAAGUAUUUUGGAGAUUCACGCCCGCCUCUUCCACUUCCAUCUCAAAACAACCACCGUGCCACCACUUUCAGCCUCGAUUAUACACCGGCUAGUGAGUUGAUCCGCCAACAGAUGGGGUCAAAACUCCUCAACAAUAACAGCUCCGUGUUUCCUCCCCACAGACCAGUACAGGAGCAACUGGCGGAGAGCAAGGCAUGGCUCAGGGAAUACGAACUGAAACAUCCACUGCGUGCCGCCAGCGUCGCCACCUCCACCCACGCUCCCUUGACCAGUGGCGCCCCCAUGGCUCCACUGUCCACUACAACACCCGGUCUCAGUAGUCCACACGCUACUUCGGCCUCACUGGCCGCUGCUGCUGCAGCUGCUGGGCGGUUCAAAUUUGAACUGGACGAUGCUAAUUCACUAAGGGUUAGACACUAUUAGGUAGUAAGUUAUUGUCGCUAAGAUACACUUGUACACUCAAUACUACAAAUUUAAGUAAUUUUACUUAUUAUUAUUAUUAUUAUUAUUAUUAUUAUUAUUAUUAUUUUAUUUGUGAAUUUAAAGUUAACUUUAGUACAGUUUUAUAUUUGGCUUUCACUUAGUAGACAAUAUUCUCAUAAUGUUAUACAAGGCACUGGUUAAGCUUAAAUAUGACAAAUCAUACAGGCAAGGCAGCUACAAUUUAAUGAUUUAUUUAUUAUUUUUAUUUAUUUAAUAACAUAUUUAUUUGGCAUGAAUUGAAAUUGAAAAAUAGUUCUUUAUGAAUAGGCAUACAGUUAGGAUUGAUAUUAUUAAGGUUAAUAGAAAAAAGUUCAAGAACAGCAUUUAAGACUACCAUGUGAGGGCACUGAAAUAAAUAUACUGCAUAAUAUUGUAAAUCUACAGCCACUAAGGCAGUUGAUUGCACAUGUUCAAGUUACAUGGUAAAGUGUUAAAGUCAUGAAGAUUGUCACACAGCUCUCUUUUUACAAGUCCUGGUAUAGGGAAUUGAUAAAUGAAAAUAUGUAUAAGAAUAUCAGUGUUAUCACAUGUUUACCAUAGGGGAUAAGACAGUGGGUCAAUUUGAAAAGAUAUUUAAGGUGUUGUUAUAUUUAGGGAUGCAGGCUAUGGAGUAUGAGAAAACUCCCGUACGCCCUCGUUCUGCAACUUGGCAUAAAAAGAAGGACGGGGUUGUUUAAAGUCCUCGAGUGACGCGGGUGUUCUCUGUAAAUGCUUGUUUUCAAGAAUGAGUGGGUAAGAAAAAAGCUGAAAUGGUAGCUUAUUUAAAGCAGUAUGCGCCUACUUUCCUUUAUGCAAAAAGCGCGGAAAACUCCCGUACGCCCUCGUUCGAGCACUUUGCAUACAAAGAAGGACGGGGGUUGUUUAAAGUCCUCGAGUGACGCGGGUGUUCUCUGUAAAUAAUGUUUUGAAGGAAGAGUGGGUAAGAAAAAAGCUGAAAUGGUAGCUUAUUUAAAGCAGUAUGCGCCUACUUCAUGUUAACGCACAGAAAACCCCCGUACGCCCUCGUUCGAGCAAUUUGCAUACAAAGUAGGACGGGGUUUGUUUAAAGUCCUCGAGUGACGCGGGUGUUCUCUGUAAAUGUCAGUUUUUAAGGAAGAGUGGGUAAGAAAAAAGCUGAAAUUUAAAGCAGCAUGCGCCUACUUUCCUUCAUGCAAAAAGCAUGGAAAACUCCCGUACGCCGUCGUUCUGCCACUUGGCAUACAAAGUAGGACGGGGGUUGUUUAAAGUCAUCGAGUGACGCUGGUGUUCUCUGUAAAUGCUUGUUUCCAAGAAAAAGUGGGUAAGAAAAAAGCUGAAAUGGUAGCUUAUUUAAAGCAGUAUGCGCCUACUUCAUGUUAACGCACAGAAAACCCCCGUACGCUCUCGUUUAAAGUCCUCGAGUGACGCGGGUGUUCUCUGGAAAUAUCCAUGUACAGAUAAACGUCGGUGAGAGUUGUGAAACGAGGAUAAUCGACACGAAAGAUUAUUAGACAAAGGAUGACCCUAUAUCACCAAGACAAAAAGAGUAGAAAUCCUUUUGACGUGAACUUGCCCAAUGAAGCUAUUUAAAGUACAAAUGACCUUUCUCGACCUAGUGUGCGUAGGGAGGAGAUGAUCGUGAAAAGAAUCAACAUCUCUUCUCCCUAUAGAGUUAUUUAUUUUUGAUUUAUUAUGAGGCAUCAUAAAUAGCGUGACAAUAGAACAUGUACGACAGCUACAUUUGCGUUCGUUAAUUAUGACUAUAUUUUCACUUUAGUGGCAAGUACUUGUAAUAGAAACGUCUUUACUCGAUGUAUUCUGAAUAUGCCUGUAAAAUGUAACAUUGGAUUUAUGAUCGGUAACACUGCAUGAAGGGGCGUACGCCUUUGUUUAAGCAGCGAUGGGUGGUUUGAUAGUUAAAAGCGUGUGUACGCAGUUAAAGAACUAUGAUUAAUUGCCUCUGCCCUUUUACGCUACGACCGUCUUCUCGUAUCUGUAAUGAUAUUUUUUGGACAAAAGUAUUAAUGGGCUUUUAGUCAUCGGUUUCUAAAUGUGUUGCCUUUGUAAACUUUUUGUGGAUCCAUAGAUAUCACCAUAUAUAUAUAUAUUUGUUUUUGUUUAAGAACCAGUGCCUUUACUAAGUUAUUUAAGUAUCAAAUAUCGAAAGCUAUACAUAUAUACUUAAUAAGAAACAUUUUUCAAAAAUGUAGCCUAUUUCAGUGGAUUCUUAUCCCUCCAUUAUGUUGUUUUUAGCAUAACGAGAUUUAAAUUUCUGUGUUAUGCCGAGGAAUAUCUGAUAUUUGCUCAAAUACAGAAAUUGUAAAUAGUUUAUAAAUCCCAUGUAAAUAGAUUUGUAUUUAAGAAAGUGACUGUAAGUACUGUGUACAGUAUAUAUAUAAAACGAGCAAUAA